AUGUCGAAGAAAGAGGAUGAUCCUUCCAUUGCUUCUCAACCCCUUAAUUCACAUAGUGAUAUGUCUCUUGAAGUUUCAUAUGAUUUGCAGCUCGCUCUUCUACUUCAAGCUUCUGCUGAAAUGUUUUCCAAGAGACACUAUGAACGUGCCACGGAGUUACUAAGCUUGUGUAAUCUGUCUGCUUCUCCAACAGGUACUCCGGUUCAAAGAGUAGUUUACUGCUAUAGUGAAGCUCAGCGAGAGAGGAUCAAUAAGGAGAAAAAAUCGAUAACAGGAUUACAACUAGAUAGACUUGUAGAUUUUGAAGUGAAACCAAUUGGCGUUGAAGAGCUUUCCUUGUGUCCAAAGCCUCAUGUAAUUGCAUGUUAUCACGCACUUCCUUUUUACCAAGUCGCUCAGUUUGCUUGUAUUGAAGCCAUUUUGGAUAAUGGUAAGUCAGAAAGACGACUUCAUUUGAUUGAUUUUGGAAUCAGAAGUGGAGCUCAUUGGACAAUCCUUAUGCAAGCUCUUGCGAAUCGAGGUGAUUGUCCACUUGAUCUUCUCAAGAUAACCGCUAUUGGGACAUAUAAACAAGUGGUUGAUCAAACAGGCAAAAGAUUGUCAUCUUUUGCUGCUGAAAACAUGAAUUGUCCCUUUUUCUUUAAUGCAGUGGUGUCAGAAAUGAAGGACCUGAGUAAAGAUCUCUUUGAGUUAGAUACUAAUGAAGUUGUGGAAGUUUACUCAGAGUAUGUUCUUGGAGGCAUGUUAGCAUGGCCUAAUCACCUUGAAGUUGUUCUAAGAUUCAUUGAAAGCCUCAAUCCUUGUGUAAUAAUGGUCAUCGAAACUGAGGCAAACAUUAACAAGCCAAUAUUUAUGGAUCGAUUUAAUGAAUCAGUGUUUCUGUAUGCUACACUCUUUGAUUGUUUGGAGACAUUCAUGGGCCCAGACAAUCAGCACAGGAUGGAAUUUGAAAGACUGGAAACAGAAUUGAGUGAAUCAUCCUUGUACCAGGCAAAUCUAAUGGUCGAUCGAUCUGCUCAUGGCUUUUGCACUCUGGAUAUGGAUGGAAAUUGCCUUACUAUUAAAUGGAAAGGAACUCCAAUAGUAUUUGCUUCAGCCUGGAAGUUUGUCCAUGAUUGA